AUGCAAGAUUCACCCAGUUCCCUGGCAAUGGAUGGAUACUCCAGUAAUGUGCCAGCAUUCCUGACUAAACUGUGGACACUGGUGGAAGAUCCUGAAACAAACCAUCUAAUUUGCUGGAGCACUAAUGGCACCAGCUUCCACGUUUUCGAUCAAGGUCAGUUUGCCAAGGAGGUGCUCCCUAAGUAUUUCAAACACAACAACAUGGCCAGCUUUGUCCGGCAGCUGAACAUGUAUGGCUUCAGGAAAGUGGUAAAUAUAGAGCAGGGUGGCCUUGUCAAGCCUGAACGUGAUGACACUGAGUUCCAGCAUCUUUAUUUCCUACAAGGCCACGAACACCUCUUGGAACACAUCAAAAGGAAGGUAUCUAUUGUGAAAAGCGAGGAAACGAAGAUGCGCCAGGAGGAUCUCAGCAGGUUGCUCUACGAAGUCCAGAUUCUGAGAAGUCAGCAGGAGAACAUGGAGUGUCAGAUGCAGGACAUGAAGCAACAGAAUGAAGUCCUGUGGCGGGAAGUUGUAUCUCUCAGGCAGAAUCAUUCUCAACAACAGAAAGUGAUCAACAAGCUGAUUCAGUUUCUGUUCGGCCAGCUCCAAUCAAACCCCAGCGGCGCUGGGAUAAAGAGAAAACUACCUCUGAUGUUAGAUGAUGGAAGUUCAGCGCCGCAAGUGCCCAAGUUCAGCCGACAUUUGUCUGUGGACCCUCUUCAUGAUUCCUAUUUCAUUCAGUCGCCAUCUACAGAACCUGCCUCGUGCUUAACCAGUCCUGCUAUUGCUGGAGGGCCAGUCAUAUCGGAUGUUACUGAAGCAUCACCACCGAAUGUCGUGCCACUUCAAUCUCCUCCAGAGGGUGACAGGGAAAAAUGCCACAUGCUGAUCAAGGAAGAACCAGUUAGCCCUGGAGUGAAAGCCACAUCUGAGCCAGAUGUCUCUCUGCCUGGCUGUACUGCCUGUGCUGAACCCCCUGUGUUACCAGUUGCAAUGGUUCAGUCUGUUUUAGAAGGCAAAGGGAGCUGCGGGGCGCCACAGUCUGCGAGUUCACAGCAACCCGAAAGAAGAGGCAGAAGGGGACCUCUAGACAGAACAGAAGUUUCUGACCCAAUGGAUGGCCCUGAUUUGAGUUUAGAAGGCCUGCAGCUGCUGCUGAGGAGCCAGCAGUAUAAUCUGGAACCUGCCAGCGUUUUGGAUGUCUUUAAUCCAAAUCUUUCAGUGAGUGAGUGGAAUCUGACUGACAUGGAAGCCAAUUUUUCACCGAUGCAGCAACUCACAGUGGAUCUGGAGAAGAAUGUAAAUGAGCUGUCUCCCAAAGUGUUAAAUCCUCACUUUAACACCACCUGCUCAGGGAAAGAUGUCAUUCUUGAAUGCACCCAGCAGUUUCCCAUUGAGCGUGAAGCAGGCUUCGGGAGCAACAUUGUAAACCUACCUGAAAGUUCAGCUCUUUAUAUUCCAUCUGAAAAUAUGGCUUCCUAUCUGUCCUCUGUGGGUCUCCAAGGAGAUAUUCCAUUAAACCUGAACUCUCCAACUGAAAGUAACUAG